GACAGUGGAGUCCGAAUAUCUCUCUCUCAUUUCAUUCACCCACCACCUCCUUCCUCCUGCUCUCCGCCACCACUCCGCCUCCGCCGCCGCCGCCGAGCCGCCAGCGCCUCUGCUUCCAAUCUCAGCUACUGAUCGAGCUGAGAAAGCACGGCGCCGAUCAAUGCCGAGUGAUUAGAUCUCCGGUCUCCUUCUUCUCCGUACCUCUGUUCCCCCAAGUCCAGUGCUCUACUUAUCCGCAGCUACAUUUUGCACCGAGUGUGGACAAUUAGCGAAGAUGAGUUGGCCUUGGAAGAAAAAGUCGUCGGACAAGGCUGCGGUUGAGAAGGUUGCCGCUAUACUGGACUCUGCUGGGGUUACAAUAGCACCAACCAAACCUCAGGCUGAUCAGGAGAAGUACAAGAAACCAAAUUAUGUUCAGAUCUCCUUGGAGUCAUAUUCCCAUCUAACUGGUUUGGAAGAUCAACUUAAGACAUCUGAGGAACAGGUUCAGACAUUAGAGGAUCAUGUUAAAGAAUUACAUGAGAAACUAUCGGGAGCUCAAUCAGAGUUGACGACUAAGGAGAAUCUGGUGAAACAGCAUUCCAAAGUUGCUGAAGAAGCUGUCUCAGGUUGGGAAAAAGCUGAGGCAGAAGCGCUGGCACUGAAAAAUCAUUUGGAGACGGUAACUCUUGAUAAGCUCACUGCUGAAGACCGAGCAGCACAUCUCGAUGGUGCUCUUAAGGAGUGCAUGAGACAGAUUCGGAAUCUGAAGGAAGAACAUGAAAAGAAUUUGCAAGAAGUUGUUCUUACCAAAACCAAGCAAUGGGAGAAAAUUAAGCAUGAAUUUGAAGUCAAGAUAGGUGACCUUGACCAAGAACUCCGAAAGUCUGCAGCCGAAAAUGGUGCCUUGUCAAGGUCUCUGCAAGAGCGGUCCAACAUGCUAAUAAAAAUUAGUGAAGAAAAAACACAGGCUGAGGCUGAAAUCGAGCUUCUGAAGGGAAACAUUCAAGCAUGCGAAAGGGAAAUUAAUUCGCUGAAGUAUGAGCUCCACGUGGUCACCAAAGAACUCGAGAUUCGCAAUGAAGAGAAAAACAUGAGCGUGAGGUCUGCAGAAGUGGCUAACAAGCAGCACAUGGAGGGCGUUAAGAAAAUAGCUAAGCUAGAGGCCGAGUGCCAGAGGCUACGCGGUUUAGUCCGGAAGAAAUUACCUGGACCUGCUGCACUUGCCCAAAUGAAGUUGGAGGUGGAGAAUUUGGGCCGAGACCAUGGCGACUCUAACAUAAGGCGGUCUCCUCUUAAGCCUCCAAGUCCCCGUACGUCCUCUUCGCCAGAUUAUUCCUUUGACAAUUAUCAGAAGUUUCAUAAGGAGAAUGAGUUCCUCACUGAACGCUUGUUGGCAACGGAAGAAGAAACGAAGAUGCUAAAAGAAGCUUUGGCCAAGAGAAACAGUGAGUUGCAGGCUUCAAGGACCAUGUGCGCGAAGACCGCCAGCAAACUUCAAGCUCUAGAAGCACAGCUGCAGAGCAGCAACCAAAACUUGCCCGAAUCUUUUGUUCGAGUCUCUGCUGAAGCCUCCUUAAGCCACCAUGUGAGCAACCCACCGAGCUUGAUCUCCAUGUCUGAAGAUGGAAAUGAUGAUGAGAGAAGCUGUGCUGAGUCCUGGCCCUCAGCAGUGGUCACUGAGUUUUCCCAAUUUAAUAAGGAAAAGAACUCCGGAAUACCGAAGAAAGCUGAUGGUGCAAAUCGUCUGGAGCUUAUGGAUGACUUCCUUGAAAUGGAGAAGUUGGCGUGCUCAUCUAAUGAUUUGAAUGGAUCCAUGUCCUCCCCUGAUAGUUCGACUAUUAGGAAAGCUGAUAGUUUGAACAAUAGUACUUCAGUUGGCAAGGACAUAGAUUCCCCUGAGACUCCAGCAUCUUCUACAGGGAAGCUUCCAGUUGUGAAUCUAGAAUCGAGAAUCUCAACAAUAUUGAAAUCUAUGUCCCAGGAAGAUGACGUGAAUAGGGUGUUUGAGGACAUCAAACAAGCUGUUCUUGAUGCAUGCGAUACAACUCGAGAACAUCAAGUGGGAGUUUCUGUCCCGGAGGAAAAUAAUGGACAAGGUGGUCUUGCAGAUGCGGCUAUUAUUGACAAGGAAUUGAAUUUGUCAGUAGAUGCUAAGCAAGCAACAGAAGCUCAUCAGGUGAUGACCCCAGAUUUGGAAGCUGCCAUCAUCCGAAUUCAUGACUUUGUUCUCUUUCUGGGCAAAGAGGCGGUGGGGGUCCACCACGCGUCUACUGAUAGUGAUGAGUUAGAUCAGAAGAUCGGGUCAUUCUUUGUGACAUACAAAAAGGUUAUAAGCAGUGAUGCGAGUCUGUUUGAUUUCAUUCUCGAACUCUCUCGUGUGUUAGCGAAGGCCAGUGAUGUUAAGUUCAACAUCCUUGGUUACAAGGGAACGGAAUCGGUAGUCAACAGCCCUGACUAUAUAGACAAGGUUGCUUUGCCUGAGAAUAAUAACGAGGUCCAACAGGAUCCUACGAGAGAGGCAUACCAGAAUGGUCAAGCAAUCUCUUCCGAUCUCACUUCCCACCCUGAAGUUUCUGAUGACGGGAUCUUGGAGUCUGGCGAUGAAGCAAAUGCCAACCGACAUACAAUUCUUUCUGAGGAUUACGAGAAACUGAGAUCUGAGAAUGAUAAAAUGGCAACUGAUUUGGCAAGAUCCGCUGAAGAUUUGGAAGCGAUGAAGUCCCGACUGCAGGAAACAGAACAAAUGCUGGCGGAAGUCAAGUCUCAGUUGGCUUCGGCUCAAAAUUCAUUUAGCUUGGCAGAAACACAGCUCAAGUGUAUGGCAGAGUCAUACAGAUCACUUGAGAUGCAAGCACAGGAAUUAGAAACCGAAGCGAACCUUCUACGAGCAAAAACGGAGAGCUUGGAUAACGAACUUCAAGAGGAGAAAAGGGCUCAUAAGGAUGCUUUGGACAGAAGCAAGGAUCUCCAAGACCAGUUGGAGAGGAUUGAGAGUCAUGCACGGGAGGCUGAGGCUGAUGCUGAUCUCAAGAGCAAGCAGGAAACAGAGUUAGCAGCAGCAGCAGAGAAGCUAGCGGAGUGCCAACAGACAAUCUUUCUUCUCGGCAAGCAACUCAACGCACUGCGACCUCCUAACACGGACACCAUGGGCUCCCCAAAGAGUGAGAAGAGCCGAAAUGCUGACAACCAAUCUGAGCAUCAACCCACAACAAGUGGGAUGAUCUCUCAAGAGACUUUUCCACCGGCUGUUGACUCAGACCAAACUGGUGCAGAGUCCCCGAUGGAACUGUACAGCUUCCCAAACAGCCCAUCAGAGACAGAGCUAGGCUUCCAGAAAUCUCCGCUCCACUCCAGGCACUCGAGACACCGACCCACUCUCUCCGGCUCCUCAACUUCCUGUUCGACGCCUGAAAAGCAAUCCCGAGGCUUCAGCAGGUUCUUCUCCUCUAAAGGCAAGAACUCUGCUUACUAGCCUCUGACAACUUUGCAUAAACAAUAUGGUAUAUUUGUGUUGAUAUGGAACUCUAGUAACUUUGGUGGGAAGUUCACGACUCCGAUGACAUUGACUUUGGACCCGAGAAGGUAACGACAUUUUGCAUCUGCUCGGCUUCACUGAACUCGGGUUCCUUCUCUUCAUUGCUUUGCUUGCCUUCUGCGUGUUUGCUUCCUUGUGCAAAGACAUGAUGUUUUUACUAUAUAUUGGUGAAUGAAAUUUCUGUACAUAGUACUUUGAGAUAA